UGGUUCUGAUGGCACAAGGAAUGGCUUCCCUGCCAUGCGUGAUUUUGUAGAGAGAGUGGUGGAGAAACUCAAUGUGGGAGAAAACAAAGACCAUGUCUCUGUGGUCCAGUACAGCAGAGAACCAGAGGUCCAUUUCUAUCUGAACACAUAUACCACAGGGGAGGAUGUGGUGGACUCGGUCAGAGGGCUUAGACACAGAGGAGGAAGACCCCUAAACACCGGGGCAGCUCUCCAAUACGUCAGAGACAACGUCUUUACAAACUCCUCUGGGAGUAGACGCCUGCAGGGUGUCCCACAGAUAUUGAUCUUGCUAACUGGGGGAAGGUCUUUUGACAAUGUAGAUAGCCCAGCCUCAGCUCUCAAACAGCAGGGCAUUUAUGUGAUUGGCAUCGGAACUAGGACCUCAGAUGCUAGAGAGCUGCAGAAAAUAUCAUAUGAGCCCAGUUAUGCUCUGCCAGUGUCCGAGUUCACUGACCUUCCCAGUGUCCAAGAAAAGCUCUCUUCUGUAAUGAGCACAGUGAUAGUGAGGGCCACGCCCAUGACACCAACAGUGACCGUGGUCAGACCGCCAGCAGGAAAGGAUGUGGUGUUUUUGCUGGAUGGAUCUGAUACUACUAGAACUGGAUUCCCAGCUAUGAGAGACUUUGUCCAAAAACAAGUAGAGACACUCAGUGUGGAUGAUGGCAAAGACCGUGUGUCGGUUGUUCAGUACAGCAGCGAUCCAGCCGUCCAGUUCUAUCUGAACACUUACACCACAAAAAGAGAGGUCCUUGACAGUGUCAGAGGUUUGAGGCACAAAGGCGGACGACCCCUCAACACUGGAGCAGCUCUCCGGUACUUGAGGGAUAACGUCUUCACGGCCUCUGCCGGAAGCAGGCGGCCCGAAGGAGUUCCGCAGGUCCUAAUAUUGAUCACUGGUGGAAGAUCAUUUGACAGUAUUGAUGAACCGGCCUCUGCUCUCAAACAGCUGGGUGUCUUGACCAUUGCAAUUGGAACCCGAGGCUCUGACCCUAGAGAACUUCAGACCAUAACUGGCGAGCCCAGUCAUGCUGUAUCUGUGUCUGACUUCACUGACCUUCCCAAUGUUCAAGAACAGCUCUCCUCUGUAAUGAGCACAGUGCUAAUGAGGGUCACACCUUUGACCCCAACAGUGACUGUGGUCAGACAGCCAGCAGGAAAGGAUGUGGUGUUUUUGCUGGAUGGAUCUGAUGCUACUAGAACUGGAUUCCCAGCUAUGAGAGACUUUGUCCAAAAACAAGUAGAGACACUCAGUGUGGAUGAUGGCAAAGACCGUGUGUCGGUUGUUCAGUACAGCAGGAUCCAGCCGUCCAGUUCUAUCUGAACACUUACACCACAAAAAGAGAGGUCCUUGACAGUGUCAGAGGUUUGAGGCACAAAGGCGGACGACCCCUCAACACUGGAGCAGCUCUCCGGUACUUGAGGGAUAACGUCUUCACGGCCUCUGCCGGAAGCAGGCGUCCCGAAGGAGUUCCGCAGGUCCUAAUAUUGAUCACUGGUGGAAGAUCAUUUGACAGUAUUGAUGAACCAGCCUCUGCUCUCAAACAGCUGGGUGUCUUGACCAUUGCAAUUGGAACCCGAGGCUCUGACAGCACAGAACUUCAGACCAUAACUGGCGAGCCCAGUUAUGCUCUAUCUGUGUCUGAACUGACUGACCUAUCAAAGUGCAACAGCAAGUUGAGUCCUCUGUGGAAGCUGCAGUUAUUGAAGUCACCCCAGAAUUACCAACCGUAAUUGUUUCACGUGACAGAAAAGAUAUCGUAUUCCUUCUGGAUGGUUCUGAUGGCACAAGGAAUGGCUUCCCUGCCAUGCGUGAUUUUGUAGAGAGAGUGGUGGAGAAACUCAAUGUGGGAGAAAACAAAGACCAUGUCUCUGUGGUCCAGUACAGCAGAGAACCAGAGGUCCAUUUCUAUCUGAACACAUAUACCACAGGGGAGGAUGUGGUGGACUCGGUCAGAGGGCUUAGACACAGAGGAGGAAGACCCUAAACACCGGGGCAGCUCUCCAAUACGUCAGAGACAACGUCUUUACAAACUCCUCUGGGAGUAGACGCCUGCAGGGUGUCCCACAGAUAUUGAUCUUGCUAACUGGGGGAAGGUCUUUUGACAAUGUAGAUAGCCCAGCCUCAGCUCUCAAACAGCAGGGCAUUUAUGUGAUUGGCAUCGGAACUAGGACCUCAGAUGCUAGAGAGCUGCAGAAAAUAUCAUAUGAGCCCAGUUAUGCUCUGCCAGUGUCCGAGUUCACUGACCUUCCCAGUGUCCAAGAAAAGCUCUCUUCUGUAAUGAGCACAGUGAUAGUGAGGGCCACGCCCAUGACACCAACAGUGACCGUGGUCAGACCGCCAGCAGGAAAGGAUGUGGUGUUUUUGCUGGAUGGAUCUGAUACUACUAGAACUGGAUUCCCAGCUAUGAGAGACUUUGUCCAAAACAAGUAGAGACACUCAGUGUGGAUGAUGGCAAAGACCGUGUGUCGGUUGUUCAGUACAGCAGCGAUCCAGCCGUCCAGUUCUAUCUGAACACUUACACCACAAAAAGAGAGGUCCUUGACAGUGUCAGAGGUUUGAGGCACAAGGCGGACGACCCCUCAACACUGGAGCAGCUCUCCGGUACUUGAGGGAUAACGUCUUCACGGCCUCUGCCGGAAGCAGGCGGCCCGAAGGAGUUCCGCAGGUCCUAAUAUUGAUCACUGGUGGAAGAUCAUUUGACAGUAUUGAUGAACCGGCCUCUGCUCUCAAACAGCUGGGUGUCUUGACCAUUGCAAUUGGAACCCGAGGCUCUGACCCUAGAGAACUUCAGACCAUAACUGGCGAGCCCAGUCAUGCUGUAUCUGUGUCUGACUUCACUGACCUUCCCAAUGUUCAAGAACAGCUCUCCUCUGUAAUGAGCACAGUGCUAAUGAGGGUCACACCUUUGACCCCAACAGUGACUGUGGUCAGACAGCCAGCAGGAAAGGAUGUGGUGUUUUUGCUGGAUGGAUCUGAUGCUACUAGAACUGGAUUCCCAGCUAUGAGAGACUUUGUCCAAAAACAAGUAGAGACACUCAGUGUGGAUGAUGGCAAAGACCGUGUGUCGGUUGUUCAGUACAGCAGCGAUCCAGCCGUCCAGUUCUAUCUGAACACUUACACCACAAAAAGAGAGGUCCUUGACAGUGUCAGAGGUUUGAGGCACAAAGGCGGACGACCCCUCAACACUGGAGCAGCUCUCCGGUACUUGAGGGAUAACGUCUUCACGGCCUCUGCCGGAAGCAGGCGUCCCGAAGGAGUUCCGCAGGUCCUAAUAUUGAUCACUGGUGGAAGAUCAUUUGACAGUAUUGAUGAACCAGCCUCUGCUCUCAAACAGCUGGGUGUCUUGACCAUUGCAAUUGGAACCCGAGGCUCUGACAGCACAGAACUUCAGACCAUAACUGGCGAGCCCAGUUAUGCUCUAUCUGUGUCUGAACUGACUGACCUACCCAAAGUGCAACAGCAAGUUGAGUCCUCUGUGGAAGCUGCAGUUAUUGAAGUCACCCCAGAAUUACCAACCGUAAUUGUUUCACGUGACAGAAAAGAUAUCGUAUUCCUUCUGGAUGGUUCUGAUGGCACAAGGAAUGGCUUCCCUGCCAUGCGUGAUUUGUAGAGAGAGUGGUGGAGAAACUCAAUGUGGGAGAAAACAAAGACCAUGUCUCUGUGGUCCAGUACAGCAGAGAACCAGAGGUCCAUUUCUAUCUGAACACAUAUACCACAGGGGAGGAUGUGGUGGACUCGGUCAGAGGGCUUAGACACAGAGGAGGAAGACCCUAAACACCGGGGCAGCUCUCCAAUACGUCAGAGACAACGUCUUUACAAACUCCUCUGGGAGUAGACGCCUGCAGGGUGUCCCACAGAUAUUGAUCUUGCUAACUGGGGGAAGGUCUUUUGACAAUGUAGAUAGCCCAGCCUCAGCUCUCAAACAGCAGGGCAUUUAUGUGAUUGGCAUCGGAACUAGGACCUCAGAUGCUAGAGAGCUGCAGAAAAUAUCAUAUGAGCCCAGUUAUGCUCUGCCAGUGUCCGAGUUCACUGACCUUCCCAGUGUCCAAGA